AUGCAUUUCUUUGAUGUUGCCACACGCACAGACACACCAUGGGUCUGUUAUAAUAUCUCAUACACGUCAGACUGUGGACUGACCCUGGGACGGACCCUGGGACUGACCCUGGGACUGACCCUGGGACGGACCCUGGGACUGACCCUGGGACUGACCCUGGGACGGACCCUGGGACUGACCCUGGGACUGACCAUGGGACGGACCAUGGGACUGACCCUGGGACUGACCCUGGGACGGACCCUGGGACUGACCAUGGGACGGACCCUGGGACGGACCAUGGGACUGACCAUGGGACGGACCCUGGGACGGACCAUGGGACGGACCCUGGGACGGACCAUGGGACGGACCAUGGGACGGACCAUGGGACUGACCCUGGGACGGACCCUGGGACGGACCAUGGGACGGACCCUGGGACGGACCAUGGGACGGACCAUGGGACUGACCCUGGGACUGACCCUGGGACUGACCAUGGGACGGACCAUGGGACUGACCCUGGGACUGACCAUGGGACGGACCAUGGGACUGACAAGUUCAACUCCCAGGGCCAUGGAUGCAGGAUACAGAGGAGAAGCUGGGACAGUGUGGCAUGUGAUGCAGCGUCCGGAUGAACCGCGGAGUAAAGAGGACUUCAGACUCGUGGAGGUGUUCCUCAGUGGAGGAGCACCAUGGGGCUUCACCCUGAGAGGAGGCCUGGAGCACCGAGAACCUCUGCUCAUCACCAAGGUGGAGGAGGGCAGUAAAGCAUCCGCCGUGGGUCUCCAGGUGGCAGACGAACUCGUCAACAUCAAUGAGAUUCCCCUGAGUGGAUUCAGACAGGAGGCGAUCUGCCUCGUCAAAGGCUCCCACAGGACACUUAGCCUGGUGGUUAAGAGUGCCGCUGUGCUCCAGCGUCAGCUGGAUGGUCCUGUUCUGCUGCUACACGUCACUCUCUAA